AUGCACUGCGGCAUGGAAGGCGUUGUUGCGCAGGAGCUCGUCAAGAUCAGCGGCCGCUGCAGGCCCAUCCGCCAGUUCUUCAACUUCAACUGUGUGCUGUACGAGAAGCCGCUGCUGGAGAGCGGGACGAUGGGCACGGGCGCCAAAGUCGACGUCAUUGUGCCGCACACCACCAACUCAUUCAGCGACGGCGGCGACGCAGAAGCAGGUGGCGGCAUUCCCAUGUGCACGCUGCGCAACUUCCCGCACCUCAUCGACCACUGCAUCGAGUGGGCGCGGGCCAAGUUCACGGACCUGUUUGUGAGCCCUGCGUCGCAGCUGCAGCAGUUCCUGGAGAACCCUGAGGGGUUCAUCUCGGGGCUGGAGACGAAGUUUGAGCAGCACGAGCGGAUUGGCGCCCUCGAACGCGGCGUGGACACGCUCAAGGCCAUCAAGGACCUCGCCGCACAGGUGCUGGUGUUGGCGAAGGUGAUGAUUACGUGUGUGUCGCUGGCGUGGCGCGACUUCCACGCGUUUUUCCGCGAUGUCAUUCUGCAACUCAUCGCCACCUUCCCCGCAGGCGCAAAGACCAAGAGUGGAGAGCCCUUCUGGUCAGGCCACAAGAUCUUCCCCGAGGCGCUCGAGUUUGAUCCGCAGAAUCCGUUGCACAAGGAGUUUCUGAUUGCCGCCGCCAACCUCUACGCAUGUGUCUUCAAGGUGGGCUGGCUGUGGGGCGACUUGUGCACCGGACCAAGUAUCCAAGCGAAGAGAACAAGCUCCACACCAAGCGAUGUUGCGGCGUGGUUCAUCAACAAGCGCAAGGUGUACCCUGUCAAGCCUGUCGUUGACUACUCCAAGCUCCCGCCAAUCGACAUCCCCGUCAAUGUGCCAGAUGAUGAAGGCUGGUGGGCGCAGGUGAACGCCCUCAUCCAGGCGCGCCGCAAGGCAAACAGCUCUGGCAAGAUGCCCGAGAUUACGAGGCAGGACGACACGCCAACCAGCAAGAGCAUCAAGCGCCUGGCACAGGAGGCAGGCCUGGACACCAAGAAGAAGAAGCUGCUUGUGUUUGACGACGUCGCCCUGACAAACGAGGAUGGCGACGGCGGCUACUCAUACGCCAGCCUCAGCCCCGAUGGCAGCCUGCUGGUCGCUGAGUCCUUUGUUUGGGACAUGCACACACUGGAGUGCAAGCAGCGCAUGCCCGUCACAGCAACCGACAUGGUGUGGACCAAGGACGGCAAGCACCUCAUCGGCCCCUCUUAUUCCCGCGUGUACAUCUACGGCCUCGGUGCACAUGAGGCUGAACGCACAGUCAUCUACGAGAAUCCUUUCCCUGGCGCUGAGCUUGCAUGCGCCGCCACGUCCGGUGGCGUCAUCGAGAGGUGGCAGAAGGAGCCCUAG